CGAACUACAAGUGGACCUCAUUUCACAGUCUUGACUACCAUUCCUAAUGCCUGUGCGUCACCCAUCAUCAUUUUCUUAGCUCACGGCACAAGGACUCAGCGAAUGCCUAGGUCCAAGUCCUGUCAUCAUCUAGUGGCCCUAUCUGUCCUACCCGAGCAGAGAGCAUUACUCAUGCUCGGGCCUGGAUUGCGGCAUAUGAGAACUGGGAUCUGGAACGGAUGUACAAUCUUACAACUUCACUCGAAGACCUUACAUACUCGUACCUCCCUGCGUCGGCCGGUAUCCUCCCCAAGUCGAUGAAGGAGUGGCAGAGGUAUCAUCGAUCUGUGAAAGAGAUAAUACCAGACUUUAAAUUUGAAGUGCUGGAUAUCUAUGAGUGUAACGGGUGUGUUGUUGCGCGCCUUGUUGGCCGCGCAACUUCACGCUCGGGGGCACCAUUCCUUCAAGAAUAUGUGUUCUUCAUCCACUGCCGGUAUGAAUAUGACACCUCUAGCAACGAAAGCAGCAUCAAGGUCCACAAGGUAGAGGAAUUCAUCGAUACCCGCUUUUCCAGCACGUUUUUCGCAGCAGAGAAAAAGAAGAUUAAGGGUAAAUCAGGAAAGGUGACCAGAGACUCGCCCCCGACUUCCGUGCAUGCGUCGGGUGACUACAAGCAUGAUUUGAGCAAACUUUAACUUCCAUUCCGAGUUUCGAUCCGAUGCACCUCACCUUCCAAAUGAUGGAUCGACCUUCUCGGACCUAUCAUUGUACAUUUUUAUCACCCAAUUAUUUCCCUUGCUGAUCCAUCCCACUGAAUUUCAAAGAUUCAACUUUCUCCUGAGUGUUCAAAAGAGGCGAUUUGGAA